AUGCCCGACAUGGCCGCUCAAGAUGCCUCUGUGGCACGCGAUGAUAUCAAAGCCUCUGCAAAUGCGAUCUCUGCAGAUUCGGAUACAGACAAUGCAUUCCAAGACACUAAGAAGUCCGAUGCCGAGCAAAAUCACUCCGCGAAGCCCAAUCCCACCGAACUGAAGCGGAAGCUUAAAAGCAGACAUCUACAGAUGAUUGCAAUUGGUGGAACUAUCGGCACAGGACUCUUUAUUUCCAGUGGCACUGCUAUCGCACAAUCCGGCCCAGCAGGCGCGUUGAUCGCCUAUAUCUUUGUCGGAUCUAUCGUUUACUCGGUUAUGAGCUCGCUGGGCGAAGUUGCAACUUACAUCCCAAUCUCCGGUGCUUUCACAUCUUAUGCAGCCCGGCUGAUCGACCCUAGCCUUGGAUUUUCCAUGGGCUGGAUCUAUUGGUUCAACUGGGCCUCGACAUUUGCUGUCGAACUGACCGCCACCGGCACCAUCAUCCAAUAUUGGGAUCCUACUCUGAACAUUGCCAUUUUCAUCGGAGUCUUCUGGGUUCUCAUUACGGCUAUGAACUUCCUCCCCGUCAAUUUCUACGGCGAGGUGGAGUUCUGGUUCUCAACCAUCAAAGUGGCCACUGUUAUCGGUUUCAUCAUUUUCGCCAUUUGCAUCGACGCUGGAGUUGGAGAGCAGGGCUAUAUAGGCUUUCGCUACUGGCACUCGCCAGGAGCUUUUGCCACGUUCAGCGAAGCCUUGCCGGCACCUAUUGGGAAGUUUGUUGGCUUCUGGGCGGUACUCAUCCAAGCCGGAUUUUCCUACCAGGGAACGGAGCUUGUCGGUGUGGCUGCUGGAGAAACUGAAAAUCCACAAAAGACAGUGCCAUCGGCUAUCCGUAAGACGUUCGUUCGAAUCCUUUUCUUCUUCGUCUUGACCAUCUUCUUCAUCGGGCUCGUUGUUCCCUACACCAACAGCCGCCUGACUACUGCGACAACAAACGCAUCAUCCUCGCCUAUGGUUAUCGCUGCCGACCUAGCGGGUGUCAAGGUUCUUCCAAGCUUGAUUAAUGCCGUCCUCUUAUCCGUGGUCUUAUCAGCCGCAAACUCCAACGUGUAUAGUGGCAGUCGUGUCCUGACUGGAUUGGCACAUGAAGGAUUUGCUCCCGCCUGUUUUGCUUGGGUGACCAAGCACGGUGUUCCGUAUGUUAGUGUGACAUUCACCGCGUUGUUUGGCUUGUUAGGUUUCAUGAACGUUUCCAAUGACGCUGGGCAAGUCUUCACUUGGCUCGUCAAUCUUUCCAGUGUUGCGGGCUUUAUUACAUGGGCCUCUAUCAAUGCGUGUCAUAUUGCGUUCAUGCGCGUAUUGGCGAAUCGUGGGAUCUCUCGCGAUUCUCUCCCAUAUAAGGCCGUGUUCCAGCCAUAUCUUGCUUGGUAUGGUCUCUUUUUCAACAUCCUGAUCGCCCUUACCCAAGGCUUCACUUCUUUCAUUCCGCAUUUCGAUGUGACCGAUUUCUUCAUUGCUUACAUCUGCCCAAUCGUUUUCGUGGUGCUCUAUGUCGGGCACAAGGUCAUUUUCCGUCCGCCAUUUGUCAGUGUAGCCGAUGCUGAUAUUGACACCGGUCGCUUGCACUACGAAAAGGAAGUCAAUCCUCCCAAGCCAUGGUACUGGAGGGUCUGGGGCUUUGUCGCCAAAUAA